AUGGGGAAAGGCCGGGCACCGUGCUGCGCCAAGGUGGGGCUCAACAGGGGCUCCUGGACGCCGGAGGAGGACAUGCGCCUCAUCGCCUACAUUCAGAAGUUCGGCCACGCCAACUGGCGCGCCCUGCCCAAGCAAGCAGGUUUGCUCCGGUGCGGCAAGAGCUGCCGCCUCCGGUGGAUCAACUACCUCCGGCCCGACCUCAAGCGCGGCAACUUCACCGUCGAGGAGGAGGAGACCCUCAUCAAGCUGCACAACAUGCUCGGCAACAAGUGGUCCAAGAUCGCGGCGUGCCUGCCGGGGAGGACCGACAACGAGAUCAAGAACGUCUGGAACACGCACCUCAAGAAGCGGGUGGCGGCCAGCGCCGGGGAGCAGAAGAAGGGCGGGGCCAAGGGCAAGAAGAAAACCACCUGCGCCGACGUGCCGGCGCCGUCUCCGUCUCCAUCCUCUUCCACAACCACCACGACCACCACCACGACCAACUGCUCCAGCGGCGAGUCCGGCGAGCAGAGCAACACCAGCAAGGAACUAGAACUAGAAUUGGAGCUGGAGAAGAUCGAGAUCCCCAUGCUGGACCUCGGCUUCGACCUCGACAUGCUGCUGGACACCGUCACCAACACGCACUGCCCGGCCAUCUCUUCGGCGCCGACCUCGCGCUGCUCGUCCGCGUCCCCGACGUGCGUGGUGGACGACGGCGCGCUGCUCGACCUGCCGGAGAUCGACAUCGUGCCGGAGCUGUGGAGCAUCAUGGACGGCGAAGGCGGCGCCGGCGCCUGCGCCGAAACGGCGCAGGUCCCGUGGAGCAAUGCGGCGCCGUGCGACGGCAAGGGACCAGAGGCGAGCGCCGCAACGGCCGACGACGAGGACGGAAAGGAGUGGUGGUUGGAAGAUUUGGAAAAGGAGCUGGGCCUGUGGGGGCCCAUCGACGACUACCAGUACCAACAACCGGACCCGCAAGGCCUGUCGGGUCGCGCGGACCCGCUCUCCGCCAGCGUGGACGACCCCGUGUCGUCCUACUUCCAAGCCGGCCCCGCCAGCGCCACGUCAACCAUCCAUGGGCCCGAAGCCUCUGCAGUUCUCACAGACAUCCCCAUGGGUCUAUGA